AUGCUGUAUUUAUUCCGCAUCGAAGACAGCCGCCCGCCCACGGGUUACGUUUCCCGCAAGGAAGCGCUCUCCCGUGUGCGGGAGCGUCUGGGGCGGCGCCCGUACUGGAAAUGGAGAUCUGGAGGGACAUCGCCCCCGCCGGAUCCGGCGGCUUGUCCUCCGGACCCCGCACCGCCGGCCGACGUUCCGUCCGCAGGGCCGUCCUGGGCUCCCCUGCCGGCAGAACCGUCGGAUGCCCCCGCAGAUUUCUACCACGCCCCCGGACCAGCAGUUCCGGCCGAUGACGUCGGACCGGAAGAUUCUCCAUCUCCGACCCCGUCCGUUGAAAUCGUAGAUAUGAUUCCCCCGCCGGACGACCCUUUGUUUAGCCACGGGUACAAGACACCCGUUAAGGAAUCCCGGGCUCCCUCACCCUUUCGGGAAGCCUUUGCGGAUUUCACCCCGUGGUCGUGGGUCAUGGGGUGGUGGUCACCGCCCCCGCCAGGGUCCCCGGAGUUCUCCCCACCACUGCUCCGACCCCGUCCCAUUGCCGCGGAAGCUGCUUCUUCCUCCCCGGGUGCCCGGCCGCCGAGCAGCCCAGUACCGGGACCCUCGCGUGUGUGGCGUAGCCCAGUCCCCGGGCGGUCAUCGAACCCGGCAGCAUCGCUUCCGCCCCGUCCCUUCGCAGCUGCCACCCUGUACCGUGCACUAGUGCCUGCUGGUGGCUCAGCAGCGCCACCCAUGUACCGCGUAGAACCGUUGCCGCAGCCGUCUUCGGUGGCUCCGUUGCCACCUUCACCGCCGCAGGCGCUGCCUCUAGAUCUGCCACCUCCACCGCCGCAGGCGCUGCCUCCGCCACCUCCGCCGCCGCAGGCGCUGCCUCCGCCACCUCUGCCGCCGCAGGCGCUGCCUCCGCCACCUCCACCGCCGCAGGCGCUGCCUCCGCCACCUCCACCGCCGCAGGCGCUGCCUCCACCACCGCCGACUCCGUCCAAGUGCCCGUUGUGCUGGGAUGCCCUGCAAGAGGUGAUGGAUGCCGGUGGCUAUGCCGCCGCCGCAACAUGCGGCCAUGUAUUCUGCAAUGGGUGUAUCGACACCCAGUUCAACAAAGCCUGCCCGCUGUGUGGCCAUCGGAUCACCCGGAGCGGACGUCGCCGCCUUUACUUUGGAUAAGUACUGUACGUUUCCUAAUUCCUUCCCUAUACUUUGUUUACUUUCUUAUGUAUGUAAACUAAUUUGUAAAAUGCUUGACCACCGCAGCGGCCGAAUCACGAACUUGUUUAACUUUUCUAAUUAUUACUUUGUUGUUGUCGUUGUUGCGUCUU